CGGUGCCUGGGCUCCGCCGUGAGAAGCGCUGCAGGGUCCAGGAGCGACGCCGCCGGUCCGGCUGUCGGUGUCGGUGCGGCGGCGGGAGGAGCGGACGCGGACACAUCUGCCGGCGCGGCACCGUUCGGGAGCGCGGAUCGGCGCCGCGCCCCCGGGAAAUCACCGAGCGCGUUCGCGGAGCAGCCGGGCUGCGGUUCCACACAUUCGGCAACGCGCAGCGAACAGGCCAGGAGGUUGGAGCCGUCGGUGGGCCCGCUCACCGGCCGCAGUCGCCGGACACCGGAGCACCCGCAUUCCCGCUAAGGAAUGGUCUGCUGCCCUCCGUACGGACGAUCUCCCCUCUCUUUGCCCUGACUGGGAAGCUGCAGUGGUGAGGUUAGGGAAACAGAAACCGGAGAAUGAGCUGAAAGGAAUACCCCCGGGAAGCGUCUGACUGGUGGCCGCAUGCUCCCCGCCUUCCUCGGAAGAGGCCUCGUUACAAACAGCUGACAAAGGAAGGUAUCUCUGUCUGACCGUGGGGAGAACAGGGCAGGUCGACUCGCUGGAGAACUCCGCCAGCGGGCUAGCACAGGUGAACCGAGGAGAUGACUAUCUUGAGGGCGUGCUGACUGCCGUGAGUUCGGAGUGGGACUUGGCCGUGAAGGAGAGGGCAAAUCUCCAAGGCAAGCUGGAGAGCCUGGAGCAGCUGGUGAAGCAUAUGAGAGAAGCGGCCGGCCGGAGACAGCAUUUGGAGCUGGAGUAUGUGGAGGCUCUGGGCACCCUCAGGACAAAGCAGCAGGAGAUCAGGGAGCUGCAGAAGGCUCAGGUAGAAGUGAAGAGAGAGCAUGAGGGGGCCGUGCAGUUGUUAGAGGCCAAGGUGUGGGAGCUGGAGCGACAAUGCCAGGCACAGAGCGAGCAGUUCCACCAGCUGUCCCACGAGCUGCAGUCGUUCCGACAGAGCGCCGGUAACAUCGACCUGCUGAAUAAACCCAUCCCCCCGUGGGCCAGCCCUGACCCAGGCAGCAAGCCCCCCACCCAGCUGAAGAAUGGAGUGUCCAACCCUCUCCCCAAAGGUAAUGAAUUCCCUUCUGGUCACCAAUCAGUGAUCUGCGAGUACAUCAGACCCUUUCCGAUGUCUGGCGUGAAGCCAGAGCUCCUCCCUGGAUGUCCAGCUGGCAGUGUGGGCCAAGACCAGCUCCCCGAGCAGAUGGAUGUUGAACCCGACGGUGGCAAUCCCAAAAUGAAGUACACCGGGAGAGUCCGCCUGUGUAUUGCCCGCUACAGUUAUAACCCCUACAAGGGUCCAAAUGAACAUCCUGAGGCAGAACUCCCCCUCGUGGCUGGGAAGUACCUCUACGUUUAUGGAGACAUGGACGAAGAUGGUUUCUACGAAGGGGAGUUGAUGGAUGGUCGCCGAGGCCUGGUCCCUUCAAACUUUGUGGCCUUGCUGCAGGACGAGGACCUGCUCACCCACCCUGCGGACAUAGAGCUGGAUAGUAACCUGCCAAACUCUGACAUGAACCAUGUGGACCUCCAUCUCCACAGUGACCCCGCGCCGCCGAACGUCAAAGCGGACGGGUCGUUGCUGAAUCAACCCCCGGUGCAGAUGUAUAACAACAGCCCAGGGGUGCUGGACGUCAGCAUCGAUGAGAUCGGCGAAGACAUCGUGCCUUAUCCCCGGAAGAUUAGCCUGAUUAAACAACUGGGCAGGACGGUGAUCGUUGGCUGGGAGCCAGCGUCUGUGCCCUCCAGUUGGGGGACCGUACUUAGCUACAAUGUCCUGGUCGACAAAGAGGUGCGGACUAACAUCCCCGCAGGAGGCAGGACUAAGGCGCUAAUCGAGAAACUCAACCUAGCCAACUUCACCUACCGCAUCUCCGUCCAGAGCGUGACGGACCGUGGCACCUCAGAUGAGCUAAGGUGCACUCUGCUGGUGGGCAAGGACGUGUGCGUGGCCCCCUCCCACCUGAGGGUUGACAACAUCUCGCAGACGACAGCCGAGGUCUCCUGGCAGCCCAGCAACAGUAACUACAGCCACACCAUCUUCCUCAAUGGGGAGGAGUUCGACGUGGUCGGGGCCGCCAGCUACAAGUACCAGUUCUUCAACCUGCGGCCCUGCAUGACGUGCACCGUGAAGGCAGUGGCCGAACCUCACCAGGUGCCCUGGCAGCUGCCCCUCGAACAGCGUCAGCACCGCGAGGGCACCGUGGAAUUCUGCACCCUGCCCACAGGACCCCCUGCACCCCCUCAGGAUGUGACAGUGCAGGUUGGCAUGACCCCAGGAACCCUGCAGAUUAACUGGAAGCCCCCUCCCCUCACCUCAACGGGGACCUCCAAUGGAGCCCGAGUCACCGGCUACAGCGUCUGCGCCAAGGGCCAGAAGGUUGCAGAAGUGAAGAUGGCCACGGCAGAGAGCGUCAUCGUAGAUUACCUGCGGAUACAGAACUUGGAGACCAGGGAGAUCAUUGUGCGGACGGUGUCGGCACAGGGAGAGUCCGAGGACUCGUGUGCUGCUGCGAUCCCGGCCGAGCUGCUGGGGUCUUGCCUGCCUCGCGCCCCCGCCAGACCCCAGCCGCCACCGAGUGCCAAAGUGCCCGAUACCAAAGAGCAGCCACUAGGCCCAGUGCCGCAGAGCGAUGGGCCAUGGGAGCCAGUGCCCACCCCACCUCAGCUCCACAGAUCAUCGUUGGAGCCCACUGUGCCCGGCUACGCCAACCGGAGCGGCAGUGCCAGGUCACCGUCACCGCAGAGAAUCCUGCCGCAGCCCCAGGGAGCACCGAUCUCAAACAGCAUGGCAAAAGCGAUGGCUCGAGAGGCGGCCGAGCGCAUCACAGAGAGCAACAAGGCUGAGAAAAGGAGCGCAUUCAGCCAGAGGAGCAACACCUUCCAGCAGGAGAACUCAGACGAGGAGGAGGAGGAGGAUUACGAUGCCCACAGCAUCAAGAGGCCCGGUGCGUCCGUGGACGAGUUUCUGAGGCGUUCUGAGCUGGGCAGACAGCACUAUGGGCACGCAGACAGCUACCACUCGGAGAGCAGUCGGGGAUCUGACCUUUCCGACAUCAUGGAGGAGGACGAGGAGGAGCUCUACUCGGAGAUGCUGUUGGAUGAGGGUGGUAGGAGAAGGCACAGUGCGACUUCACACACCGCCCUGAAGAUGCUCGGCAACUCCUCGGGGUCGUGCCGCCUGUCGGACAGGAUGGACCACGCAGGCCGGAGGGCUUCGCAUGGCGGUACUGGUCAGCGGGCCAGACCGAUGACAGUGCCUUCCAUAGCUCUCCCUCUGCCUCCUGCAGAGAUCACGGUGGACAGUAACAGCGAGGGCGGCCGCUCACGCUCGGGGAGUGAAAGCGCCAUCUCCCCCUCCCGAGAGGAUGCUUAUUACCGCCACGUCACAGGGAGGAGGAAGUGGCCGCACCAACGCAGCACUGCCCCGGAGAGUCGCUACAACAGGUACUCUGGGAGAGAACUUUACGAUGACGCCGAGCCGACACUCUGCGGGGCAGAGACCAGGGUUUUCGUGGCCCUCUUCGACUACGACCCGUUGUCGAUGUCACCAAACCCCGAUGCAGCUGAGGAAGAACUGCCAUUCCGAGAGGGACAGAUCAUUCAGGUCCACGGGAGUAAGGACGCAGAUGGGUUCUACCACGGAGAGAUUGAUGGCAGAGUGGGUCUCAUACCCUGCAACAUGGUGUCGGAGAUCCAGGCGGACAGCGAAGAGAUGGUGGAACAGCUGGUGACGCAGGGGUUCCUGCCCCUCAACACUCCUGUGGAGAAAAUUGAGCGCGACAGGAGGAGCAGCCGCCCGUUUCCGGUCACGUCCCGCAGGAUGGUGGCCUUGUAUGACUACGAUCCAAGGGAGAGCUCCCCAAACGUUGACGUGGAGGCGGAGUUAACGUUCUGCGCAGGAGACAUCAUCAGCGUCUGGGGAGAACUGGACGAAGAUGGUUUCUAUUACGGGGAGAUUAACGGGCAGAAGGGCCUGGUCCCCUCCAACUUCCUGGAAGAGGUCCCUGAUGAUGUCGAGGUUUACCUCUCUGACGCCCCAUCCAGACACCCACCGGAGGCGCCCAUUCAGGGCAAAGGAAAGAGGGUCCCCGGUGAAAACACGCAAAGGAGGUCUGCGUCUCCAACUGUCCACCCCCACCACCAUCACCACCACCACUCUGGAUCUGCCGUUAUAGAUGGGCCUGGCAGCCCAGUGUGGGCCAGAGACAUGCCUUCAAAAAAGAAAAGGGGACUAUUAUCAAAAGGAAAGAAACUGCUGAGGAAGCUGGGUGGAGUGAAGUGAUUCUUGUGUGUUCUGAAUAGUCGCACACUUCCUCACCUUUCCGCUCACUUGGUAUAACCACCACCCGUACUGUCUUGCCUUAGAGACGCACAGAAAUUCCUUCCUCUUUACACACCACUCAGUAUCGGAGAAGGUACACGUUGUAUGUGGUAUCUGUGUUCAUUAUAGCUCGCUCCACCGAAAAGCCAUUAGUCGGAACCUGUGAAAUCUUGUGUCUCGUCCCUGAAUCCAUGUCCGCUAUUAUCCCCCCUCCCCCACCACCCCGUUACCCAGAAUGUGCCUGUGCUUAUCAUUUUCCACUAUAAACUGUCAUCGUCUUGGUGGCAUCAGACAGCAUUCAGCUGAAGAGCAGGCCUUGCCCUCUUCGUUUCAACUCAUUUCACACCAGAUUCAUGAAAUGCAUGCUUUUCCAUCUAAAUGUAUAUUUUCUAUCUGUUUUUUUUGUGUCAGAAACUGGUUAAAAUGGGUGUAUGUUCUUUACAAAUAAUGGCAUGCAAACUGUGCAAAAAAAGAACCACAAGCAGCGGGUAAAAGAAUUAUGCUAAAUAAAAUGUACCUUUAAUGUGUCCUCGGCUACAUCCAGAAAUUCUUAUCUGCACCUUGUCCCCCCGCCACUGCGCUUUUCCAAAUACGGCGGAUGGGUUACACCGUCUCUCGCCAAGCGAGGCGGGUUGAUGUGUUUUCACAACUGUGGCAGUGCACUCCCGGAACUCCACAUCGAAAGGAGUGGCCAACUCAAGAUUAAUCUGCCACUGAGAGAGAUUUCCUACAUAAUCUUAGCAUUUAUCCGUUUCUCUUUUUGUACUUUCGAUCAUUUGUAAAUUCUUUUUACUGUUUCUAUACAUUAUUUACAGAUUAUCUUUUCUUUUUGUAAUAUGCCCUUCCAAAGAAAUGACGCAGAACCCGACUAGAUUGUGUUUCUUAACAAUCGGUGUAUAAAAUAUUGUAAAUUACUGAUGUAUUCACUUGCUGAAGAACAGAUCAGCCUUUAAUAUAUUUGUGGUUACAGAUGUGGGUGCGUGCAUGUGUAAAUUUGUU